AUGCAAUCUCUUUUCCGUCGUUUUCUCAUUCAUGGCGUCGAUCGCUACCAAUAUCGCCGGAAACUUUUAAUCGAUCUAUCUCUGCCUGCUUUUUUGCUGUUUUUUUUUAGUCCCAUUUUCUUAUUGGUUUCUUUCUCGUCUCUUGCCGCUUCUGCCGCUGCAAUUUCUGCUUAUUUCAUCUCUUGUGGGAAUUGCAUUUUUACUCUCCCUACUUGCUCUCCUAUUUUUCUUCAUUUUCUUUUUGCUAUUUUUCUCAAUUCUUUUUUUUUUUCUUGUUAUUUUCCUUCUUUCUAUUUUUCCUUCCUAUAUUAUUUCCUUUUGCUUCCUUGGUAUUUUCUUGUUUUCUCUUUUUUUUUUUUUUUUUACUUUCUUCUAUUUUUUUUUUUUUUUUUGCUUUUGAGUUGCUUUUCCUUUAUAUCUAUUUUCUUUCUUUCUAUUUACUUUUCCUUUUUCUGUCUUCCUGUUCUUUUUUCUUCUGUGUAUUUUCUUUUUACUUGUCCCCAUUCUUUUCUUUCUAUUUUCUUUCCUUUUUCUUUCCUUCAACUUUCAACCUUUUUAUUUCUUUCUAUUUACUUUCUCUUACUUUUCUUUCUUUUUACUUUCCCUCUGUUUUCUUUUUCCUUUCUUUUUUCUUUCCUUCUAUUUGAUUUUUUUUCAUUCCCCAUAAUUUCCUUCCUAUUAUUUUUCAUUUUUCGUUUCUUCGGUUGGUUUUCUUUUCCUCUUUCUUCUAUAUUAUUUCCAUAUAUCUUUUUAUUUUCAUAUUUUCUAAACAAAUAUUUCAUAUUUUGCUUCAUUUUUUGUAAGACAUGUUCGCCUUCAUUUAAAUUUAUUCAUCUUUCUCCUAACUAUGCUUAUGUUCAUAUUCCUUCAUUCCUCCAUUCAUUCAUUCACUCAUAUUCCUUCCUUCAUUCAUUUAUUCAUUCAUUCCCCGAUUCUUCCAUUCACUCAUAUUCCUUCAUUCCUUCAUUUAUUCCUUCAUUCCUCCACUCAUUCAUUCACUCAUAUUCCUUCUUUCCUUCAUUUAUUCAUUCAUUCCUCCACUCAUUCAUUCACUCAUAUUGCCUCUUUCCUUCAUUUAUUCAUUCAUUCCUCCACUCAUUCAUUCACUCAUAUUCCUUCCUUCAUUUAUUCAUUCAUUCCUCCACUCAUUCAUUCACUCAUAUUCCUUCUUUCCUUCAUUUAUUCCUUCAUUCCUCCACUCAUUCAUUCACUCAUAUUCCUUCUUUCCUUCAUUUCUUCUUUCAUUCCUCCACUCAUUCAUUCACUCAUAUUCAUUCAUUCCUUCAUUUAUUCCUUCAUUCCUCCACUCAUUCAUUCACUCAUAUUCCUUCUUUCCUUCAUUUAUUCAUUCAUUCCUCCACUAAUUCAUUCACUCAUAUUCAUUCAUUCCUUCAUUUAUUCCUUCAUUCCUCCACUCAUUCAUUUACUCAUAUUCUGUCUUUCCUUCAUUUAUUCAUUCAUUCCUCCUCUCAUUCAUUCACUCAUAUUCAUUCAUUCCUUCAUUUAUUCCUUCAUUCCUCCACUCAUUCAUUCACUCAUAUUCCUUCUUUCCUUCAUUUAUUCAUUCAUUCCUCCACUCAUUCAUUCACUCAUAUUCAUUCAUUCCUUCAUUUAUUCCUUCAUUCCUCCACUCUUUCAUUCACUUAUAUUCCUUCUUUCCUUCAUUUAUUCAUUCAUUCCUCCACUCAUUCAUUCACUCAUAUUCAUUCAUUCCUUCAUUUAUUCCUUCAUUCCUCCACUCAUUCAUUCACUCAUAUUCCUUCUUUCCUUCAUUUAUUCAUUCAUUCCUCCACUCAUUCAUUCACUCAUAUUCAUUCAUUCCUUCAUUUAUUCCUUCAUUCCUCCACUCAUUCAUUCACUCAUAUUCAUUCAUUACUUCAUUUAUUCCUUCAUUCCUCCACUCAUUCAUUCACUCAUAUUUAUUCAUUCCUUCAUUUAUUCCUUCAUUCCUCCACUCAUUCAUUCACUCAUAUUCCUUCUUUCCUUCAUUUAUUCAUUCAUUCCUUCAUUUAUUCCUUCAUUCCUCCACUCAUUCAUUCACUCAUAUUCCUUCUUUACUUCAUUUAUUCAUUCAUUCCUCCACUCAUUCAUUCACUCAUAUUCCUUAUUUCCUUCAUUUAUUCCUUCAUUCCUCCAUUCAUUCAUUCACAUAUUCCUUCUUUCCUUCAUUUAUUCCUUCAUUCCUCGACUCAUUCAUUCACUCAUAUUCCUUCUUUCCUUCAUUUAUUCAUUCAUUCCUCUACUCAUUCAUUCACUCAUAUUUUUUCAUUCCUUCAUUUAUUCCUUCAUUCCUCCACUCAUUCAUUCACUCAUAUUCCUUCUUUCCUUCAUUUAUUCCUUCAUUCCUCCACUCAUUCAUUCACUCAUAUUCCUUCUUUCCUUCAUUUAUUCAUUCAUUCCUUCAUUUAUUCCUUCAUUCCUCCACUCAUUCAUUCACUCAUAUUCCUUCUUUCCUUCAUUUAUUCAUUCAUUCCUCCACUCAUUCAUUCACUCAUAUUCAUUCAUUCCUUCAUUUAUUCCUUCAUUCCUCCACUCAUUCAUUCACUCAUAUUCCUUCUUUCCUUCAUUUAUUCCUUCAUUCCUCCACUCAUUCAUUCACUCAUAUUCCUUCUUUCCUUCAUUUAUUCAUUCAUUCCUCAACUCAUUCAUUUACUCAUAUUCCUUCUUUCCUUCAUUUAUUCAUUCAUUCCUCUACUCAUUCAUUCACUCAUAUUUUUCAUUCCUUCAUUUAUUCCUUCAUUCCUCCAUUCAUUCAUUCACAUAUUCCUUCUUUCCUUCAUUUAUUCCUUCAUUCCUCGACUCAUUCAUUCACUCAUAUUCCUUCUUUCCUUCAUUUAUUCAUUCAUUCCUCCACUCAUUCAUUCACUCAUAAUCCUUCCUUCAUUUAUUCAUUCAUUACUCUACUCAUUCAUUCACUCAUAUUUUUUAAUUCCUUCAUUUAUUCCUUCAUUCCUCCACUCAUUCAUUCACUCAUAUUCCUUCUUUACUUCAUUUAUUCAUUCAUUCCACCACUCAUUCAUUCACUAA